GAUUCUGGAUCGAAUCCCUCGCCAGCGUCUGUGAACACCCCAUCGUCGUCGAGACGACUCCGCUUUGACUUCGAUUGCGGCCGAUUGUGUCGGUGUCGGCGACGGCCGAGGAAGAGGAGAAGGCACAUACGCCAGCCUAGAGCACGAGCGCCGCUCCAAUCCCUCGCCUGCGUUGCUGCAAUUUUGAUCGCGAGUAGUGCUGCCGCCGAAGGAACCGAUGCUUUCUCCUUCGUCUCUCCGAUCUCGCCCUUAGUCCGUGCGUCGGUUAAUCUGUAUCUCUACUUCUACGAGAAAGUAAACCAGCACAUAACAGUGGAUGCAGUCAACAGUCUAAUUGAACUGAUCACUACUGAGAUGCAGCAAAAUGACUCCAGUUCCAGUUCUAGCUUCUGUAGGGUGAUCAAGCCCAAGUGUGAUCAGUACAACAUUCAGGAUGGGCUGCUGGGGUUAACCAUGGGAAAAGUGGCGACCAUACAGGGCCACGAGGGUAUCCGAGUCGCUGUGUUCCUCAUCCGCCUCAUCUUGGGAAUUGCGAGGCCAUUCAUGGAAUCUUUUGAGGAUGGAUAUCGUGGCUAGAGUUAAAAGCAUAUACCUAGUGUUUGAAUAUAUGGAGCAUGACAUUGCUGGACUGCUUUCUUACCCGGAUGUCAGGUUCGCCAAGUCACAGAUCAAGUGUUCCAAAGGUGGAAUGGCAAAUCAAAGAUACGUGAAGUAGUUAGUGUGGCCUUUAGGUCCUCUUCUUAUUUUUGAAUUAGUAGGCUGAUUCUUAGUGAUAAUUUCGUGUAAUUGUGAUUUUGGUUACUAAACAAUAAAUUGUGAACUAUAAUUUUGGUUGG